AUGCUUCUUCUGUACAUAUUUGCGAUACUGAUUUGUAUUUGCAACAUAGAUGCCGUUGGAGAAGAGUCGGGGAACACAGAAAACUCUUCAAUGAGCAAUAUACCUUCGUUUACAUGCGAUAUAAACAAGUAAGCAUAUAUAUCACUAUCAGAAAAUGAUCGAUUUAUAUAUUUAUUUAUUAUUCGAUUUAUAAACCUAUAUUGUACAUAAUUGCUCGUCUAAACCUCUGUUUAUGUUUUGUCUUUUUUCUAUGCUCCUUUAUUGCUUGCAUUGUAAAAAGCCUGUUUCUGUAUGAAUUAUGGAAGAAAAAAGACAAGGAAGACAGUGCCAGUGCGACUGUUCUAUCCACUGUAAUUAAAUUGGCCUUCAAGCACUCUGGAAUCACUCAUGUUCAAAUCAAUGACAGGAUUCUACAUGCUUUCCACAAGAAGCUUUACCUUCUUAAGAAAGCUUAUCUAAAAGCAAACCGAUUGGGUGGAAAGUGUUUGAAACGGCUGUUGGGGAAGUGGAACACUGGUGAUCCCUACCGUUUUAAGAUUUACUAUCAUGAAGUUGACAAACUUAAUUUGAAGAAUGAGACAUUGAGGAUCGAGAAAUGGAAACUUAAUGUGGAAACUAAUGAGUAUGAAGUGUUUGACCUUAUUAAUGAUGAAGAAUUAUCAUUUACAAAAACUGAACCACAAGAACUAUCUGACAAUGACAUGGACAAUGUAAACAUGUGGUUGUAUUUAAAAGACAAAUUCAACAUUUCCAACGAAGCGUGGGCAUGA